AAAUAUACUGUUGGCACGCGCCAAUCAGUUCUAGCACUUGUACAAACAGAAAGGUAUAUAAUCCAUGUGCAUAUAUCUGUUCUUUUUUCAUAUAGUUUUACGCUUUAGGUAUUUUUACUAUGAUUAACAUAAACUUUGUAUUUUAGUGUCAUUGAAAAUUUGAAAAAGUUUUACCCCACUAUUGAUUAUGAAGUUGUCAGAAUAAAAACUUAUUCGUUGCAUUGCUGAACGUUCGUUUUUACGACGGAUCGGCGGCGGUUACAGUGUACCGAAUGCUGUUCGAACGCAAUACGAUGGAAAAGAGCUGAUCAUCGAUGGCAUAUUAUUGAAUUUAGACGGAACAAAAUUUGUUAAAGAUCGCAUUAUUUAUUCCGAAAUAAAUUAGAAAUAAACAAGACGGUCUCAAGAAAAGGAAGUGAUUCUCUGUUAACAAAUAAUGAUGACAAUGUUUUGACAACAGGCCGACUUCAUAUUGAUAAAAGAUGUUUAAGUUUAAAACGUAAACAUUCAAAUGAUGAUACUAAUGAGGAAGAAGUUGAUAAUGUUAAUGAUGAGAAAUCGAGGAAAUUAUCGACAAUUCAAAGAAAACCUAGCCCAACAGCAGGUCUAUACAAUCAGUUUUUGCAUGUUUGUUGUCUUAAUAUUGAUGAAACAGUAUUAAAAAAUUCCGAGUUUUGUGACGCAUUUUAUCCAAGAAUCAUUAGAUUCGUGAUUACUAUGCUCAGUUUAGCUGAAAUUAAAUUGACUUCUCUGUCUAAUGUCAUUGAAAAUUUGAAAAAGUUUUACCCCACUAUUGAUUAUGAAGUUGUCAGAAUAAAAACAAUUGGCGAUAAAAAUUUACAGGAUCCAUUGGCCAAUAUCGGCGAUAAAGGUUUAUUCACAAAAGAACUCGAAAUUGAACUAGAAAAAAACAGCAUUGAUUUUGUUGUUCAUUCGUUGAAAGAUGUUCCGUCAACUGUUUUACCCCCGAAUAUGAUUAUUGGUGCCAUUCUCGAUCGUGCUGAUCCGAGAGAUGCAGUUGUCAUUGCACCAUGGCGUACAGAGAAAUCGUUAAAUGAGUUACCUGAUGAAAGUGUUAUUGGAACGAGCUCUACACGUCGUAUUGCUCAGUUGAAAUUAGCUUAUCCAAAAUUUCAAUAUAAAAAUAUUCGUGGUAAUAUGAAUACAAGAUAUGAAAAACUUUCAGACAAAACAUUGGGCUAUGAUGCCAUGAUAGCGGCUGUCGCUGGAUUACAACGACUGAACUGGACAGAUCGAAUUAGUGAGAUAAUUGAGCCCGAUAUCGUUUUGUAUGCGAUAGGUCAAGGCGCAUUGGGCAUUGAAUGUCGUCACGAUGAUAAUGACACGAUAAAAAUGUUGUCUGUAUUAAAUCACGCCCCGUCUGUUAUUCGUUGCAUUGCUGAACGUUCGUUUUUACGACGGAUCGGCGGCGGCUGCAGUGUACCGAAUGCUGUUCGAACGCAAUAUGAUGGAAAAGAGCUGAUCAUCGAUGGCAUAUUAUUGAAUUUAGAUGGAACAAAAUUUGUUAAAGAUCGCAUUGUUGAUUCUGAUUUAACUAUAUCAAAAAAUAGUUUACGUGGAAAUAUCAAAUUUUUUGUGCAAAAAGACGAUGUACCAAUUAUCGAGAAUAAAACUUUAGAUGUACCAACAGAGGGAGAAGAUUUAGUCCCUAACUUAAAAAGAAAACGUACAAGCGAAGAGGAUGAUGUAAGUGGAUUUCCUACGAGUAAAAAAGCGCUUAUUAAAGAACCCCUUUAUCGUCAUUUUGCACAUGUUUGUUGUCUCGAUAUCGAUGAAACAAUAUUGGAAAAUGCGGAAUUGUGCGGUACAAAUUUGGCUGUUAGACUUAGUCAAUUGGGUGCUGAAAGUAUUCUCGAAGAAAUUAGACAGUCUGUUACUGUACAUCCCAUUGUUACAAAUGAUUGA